UCGUACAAAUAUCAUAAUCUCUUCAAGACCUUCAUACACUAAUAUAUCCUGAGAUAACUCAACAUGACCGACGCAAAUCAACCCCACCUCAACGGCGCCUAUUACGGCCCCUCCGUCCCUCCACCGCAAAAAUCCUACCGCCCCGGCCGCGGUCACGGCCGCGGUUGCCUUUGCUGUUGCGGCUGCUUUCUUCUCAAACUUCUAAUCGGUCUUGUCAUCAUCCUUGGCCUAGCGGUCCUAAUCUUCUGGCUCGUGGUCCGACCACAACCCGUAAAAUUCCACGUCAUCGGCGCGUCCCUGACGCGCUUCGACCAUGCGACUUCAGACAACAACCUCCGUUACAAUCUUGCCCUAAACGUCACGGUCCGAAACCCUAACAAGAGGCUCGGAGUCUACUACGAUCGCAUAGAAGCACGUGCGUAUUACGAAGACAAGAGGUUUAGUACCGUGACUCUAACUCCAUUUUACCAAGGGCACAAGAACACGACAACACUAAACCCCUUGUUCGAAGGGCAACAACUUGUUGUGUUCGACGGCGAAGAGUUGCGAGGUUUUAACGCCGAGAAAAUCGCCGGAGUUUAUAGUAUCGAUGUCGAGUUUCGACUCAGGAUUCGAUUCAAGCUCGGGAAAGCAAAGACGAGGAGGAUUAAGCCUAAGGUUAAAUGUGAUUUGAAGCUUCCUUUGAGCUCUUCUAAUGGAACUACGAGAGCUUCCCCUGGUGUGUUUCCUAUCACCAAGUGCGAUUUCGAUUUUUGAUUUGAUCAUGUUGCUAUUUUCAUGGUGUAUGUAUGUAUAUAUGCAUAUAUGUUUUUAUUAUGUAUUGGUUCGUUCAUUUUUUACCCUAUGUAUGAUAAUGUGUUAUUUGUUGUUAU